AUGGAGCAGAACCACGGGCUAGCUCUGGCAGAUGGGGAUCUAUUUGGUGAUGUAGAGAGGUAUAGACGUCUUAUAGGACGUUUGAUUUAUUUAGUUGUCACUAGGCCGGACUUUGCCUAUUAUGUGCAUAUUUUGUCUCAAUUUAUGCAGAGUCCGAGGGUAGAGCACUGGGAUGCGGCCCUACGAGUUGUGAGAUAUCUGAAGAAAAGUCCAGGUCAGGGGAUCCUGCUAAGGUCUGAUAGUUCUCUACAGUUGGAGGGAUGGUGUGAUUCGGAUUGGGUGAGUUGUCCAUUAUCUUGGCGUUCGUUGACGGGUUGGUUUAUGUUUCUUGGUCUAUCUCCCGUGUCAUGGAAGACCAAGAAACAACCCACAAUAGCUAUGAGUUUCGCCGAGGCAGAAUACAAAUCUAUGUCUGCUUGUACUCUGUUUCAUGAGAGAACGAAACACAUUGAAGCCGAUUGUCAUUUUGUGAGGGAUGCUAUUACAGAUGGUCUCAUCAACCCUUCGUAUGUUCCUACCACAGUACAAUUGGCUGACAUUUUCACAAAGGCUUUAGGGAAAGUCAAAUUUGAGUUUUUACUCCGCAAGUUGGGCAUCUGUGAUCCUUAUGCUCCAACUUGA